AUGUCGCCGACGGGGAUAUCCGUGUCCACCGUCGCCGCCGCGGUGUCCGCCACCGAGACGCACAUGCUCAAGAUCGAGGGCUACAAGCGCCUCGAGGACAUGCACUGCACCGGCAAAUUCCUUGAGUCCAGCCGAUUCCAGGUGGCAGGCCACGCGUGGAAGAUCCACUUCUACCCCAACGGGGACUUCAGGGAGAACGCCGGCUUCGUCUCCCUGUACCUCAACCUCGACGACGACGCGGCCGUCCCCGCCAAGGACGUCCGCGCCGAGGUCACGUUCUCCCUGGUCCGCCGCCCCGGCGCCCCGGCGUCGCUGCUGCCGCCGCACAGCGAGAGCUUCACGAUCACCUAUAACAGGGCGAAGGCCGUGACCAGGCGAGGCGUUGCGAAGUUCAUCGCCAAGCAAAAGCUGGACUGGUUCUCGGGGUACCUCAGGGACGACUGCGUCGCCGUCCGGUGUGACAUCACCGUCGUCGAGAAGUCGGCGGCGAAGGAGGGGGAGGCCGUGCAGGAGCGUGACGUGGAGGUGCUGGGGCUAGCAUGCCACUGCAAGGACGAGCUGUGCAAGCGUCAUCACGCGAGGGUCGUCGGCUUGGGGCUCAGGCAGGCGUUCGUCAAGUUCUUCUUAAGGUGUUUUCAAGUAUGA